CAUCGCCUCGCCAGUUUACUUCAUGGUCAUGACGGAAAAGAAGCUGGAUGAUACCGCACUGCUCCAGGAAAUCGCUACGGCAUUUGAUCAAUAUAACCAUCUCACACACGAGGAAGAAGACAUUCGGAAACAUCUCUUCCGCGCCGAUGCAGCAAGUGACGAACAAAACCAACAGCAACUCGAUGACAACCUGAAGGCCGAGUAUCUCGAAGCUGUUCGAGCGAAUGCCGCAGCAAGGCGCCGUUACGCGGACGCUGCUGGUUCUGCCUCUUUGCAGGCCCAUGAGACGAAUUUAUCGACCCAACCCGCAGCCGACAAGGCGCCAUUCCUUGAUCAGCACCUUGACCUAUUACGGCUGAGAAAGACGAAUGCCCAAUUGACAAUUCUACAAGAUGAAAUGGACGCCAUCCUAUCGUCGUCGUCCAGUGUUGCAUCCGUCCAACUGGGGACCUCCACCGUCGAACCCGCGCCCGCUACUUUUUCUUCCGAGAAUGGGCAGGGGGAACCUGCGAGGUCGAUCACGCAGUCCAUCCAAGCUCUCGAGGUGGCCGUGGUUCAUGCUAGACACGAAGCCACGCAACAGAGGGCGCUGUUAGACGGUGCUAAAUCCAGCACUGCAGAGCCAGGAAAGGCACCUGCUGAGCGGCAUCUUGCUGCAAUGUCUGUGGUGAGACAGAUCCUGACUACUUGGCUGCAAGAGUCCCUGGACAGAUGUCAAGAAGGUCCUGAUGCCCUGAACGAUCAGGCCGUAGACGGCACGCUUCUGGAUGGGGAAGACUGGGACAAGCAGAUUGGCAUUCAAUACGAUCAGUAUGUCGAGGCGCGGAGACGGCUCCUCUCUGCUGCCACCGAUUUGAGAUCACCUCUACCCGAGAAAGAGUCGCAAAGCCCAGGAGGCAACAAGUCAGUGGAGCAACCAUUAAAGCCUCGAGCCACUGAUCUUACAAAUACGGUGGAAAAAUGUUUACUCCCAUCUCUACAGCAACAGAGAAUGUCGUCCUCCCACCUCACGCUGAUGGACGAACAGCUGCGCAAAGAAUCCGCCACUACAAUCAACAUGCUUGACAGACACAGCGAUGAAAGCCAGCUCCUCCAAGCCUUUCCGCUCCUUGCUGGCUCCGGACGCUUCGUGCACGCUAGAUCCACUUUUGGCGACAAGCAAAAUAAGGAUACUGGAACGGAGACGCAGGACGAAGUGUCGACACGACUUGAAGCGUGGAUGUUUGCAGCCGAGGCGGCCGAUGUGGCUUCCUUGGGGGCAGCUGAGAAGCACUUGAAGCAGGGAAAGGACGCUAUGGACGAGGUGUGGAGAGGUUUUGCAGCGAUACGGCUUUUUAAGGAAGCUCGGACAUGAAGAAAUUGUUGGUUUCUGGAAACCAGGCCCAUUUCCACUAUUGCUCCUCAUUUUGAGCAUAGAAGAAGUUCGCGCCCACAACAGUCAAAUCGUUUUCCUUUGCCCAGUUCCGCACCCCGUGUCUGGGCUUGCCAUAGC